AUGGACAAAAUUUCGCAUCAGAGUGCAUGUAUAACAGAAAAAUCUCAAAAACAACAAUGGGAAGAAAAAGGAAAUAAACGUCGUACUGAACUCGAACGAAAACAGCAAAUGCAGAUAUUGAACUUAUUGAAUAACAUACAAUGGCAAGAUCGAGUAUCACAACAACAUGAAAUAAUUGAGUUGACUUAUCGACAUGAUGCGUAUACAAGAAAUGAUAUAAAUGCGUUACUAAAGCUUUUACGUCGUUUGUUAUACGAAUUUGUUGGUACAUUUUUGUUAGUAUUAGGUCAUGCAAGUUUGAGAAUACAAAUGAAUUUAAAACGUAUGUCAGCUAUCGAGCUUGCAAUAGCCAACGGAUUGAUCAUUGUCAGUUUGAUCUACUCCUUGAGAAGUUUAUCAGGUGCACAUUUUAAUCCCGUUGUUACACUUAUAUUUUCUUUAAGAAGGACAUUUCCAUUUAUUUGGCUACCGUUUUAUUACGUAGUUCAAUUUCUCGCUUCAUUAUCAGCUGGUGGUCUUAUGCCUGUUUUACUCAAAGAAAAUGUUUAUUACGGUAGUCAAAUAAAUUCAUCACCAACGAAUCCAUUUCGUACACUAGGGCAGGCAUUGAUUAAUUCGAGUCAACAUGGCAACACUAGUUUGAUAUAA